GCCCAUCUGGCUGCCACCGCGCCCCGCCCCCUCACUCGUCUCCCUCCUUGCGCGAGCGCCGCCACCGCCGGUUGAACUUCCCUUCGAUCUCCCGGUCGACUCUCGUACCACCAUAGCAAUGGCCCCGACAGACCCGACGGUCGCAAACGGCUCUAUCGUGCCGAAGCCGGAGCCCGAGUUCUUGGGCGGGCUCGCCGUCGCGGUUCCGCAGCGGAACCGCGACCGUCACACCAAGGUGGAAGGCCGUGGACGGCGCAUCCGCAUGGCGGCGCCCUGCGCGGCUAGGGUUGCCCGGCUCACGCGCGAGCUGGGCCACAAGUCCGAUGGGGAAACCAUCCGCUGGUUGCUGCAGCAGUCGGAGCCGGCCAUCGUCGCCGCGACGGGCACGGGCACGGUGCCCGCGAUCGCCACAACCGUCGACGGCGUGCUCCGCAUCCCCACCGAGUCGCCUUCCUCUGCCCCAGGGGGCGACGGCGAGGAGUCGGGCCCCAAGCGGCGGCGCAAGCUCCAGCCAACGCGUGCCCCAGCCGGAGCGGCGCAACUCCUCACGGCGCCCCCGGCGGCGUACUACUCCGCCGCCACCGACCCUCUCCUGCAAGGCAGCGGCGGUGGCGCGAUUUCGAUGUCCAGCGGCCUCGCUACCGUCUCGGCCCCCGCCGCAGGCGCCAUCCCGUUCAUUGCCAUACCGGCGACAGGCUCCAGCGCGGCCGGCGACGGCAACCAGAUGGUUCCAUCGGCAGCCGUGUGGAUGGUUCCGCAGCCAGCCAACGUCGUCGGCGCGGCCAACCAGCCGACGCACUACUGGGCUUUCCAAACCAACUCUGAACUCGUCAACUUCGCCGGCGCGCAAUCUUUUAACGUCGCCAACUACCAGCACAACCAAGCUUGCUACAGCCCGAUGCACUUUGUCACCGGUGGAGAGUCACAGGACCAACAAACUGAUGGCCAGAGGGUGAACACGGAGGAUGACCAGCCUCAAGGGCUGCAGGACGACUACGACGGCGAGGCCCUGACGGAUUCCAGUUCUGAAGAAUAGCGUUGCAGGGCAACGCCAAGUCACCAACGGUAUGCUACAUAGUCAUAGAUUAGUCCAAUCGAACACUAGAUUAAAACUUUUGCGUGGACUGUUUUUCCAUAUUGUUUCUUGUGCAAAAUUCUCAUAUAAGAUGGUGGUAAGAAGUGAGAACUACUGCUCUACUAGUCGUUCCGUUGCGGUAAUACUAUCUGUUUGAGUGGUGAACUGGUGUAGAGAAGUAUCAAUUGUCGACAAUGAGGAGCAGAUUACGAAUUUUAUCUGCUUUGGUUCGCUGCUAGUAAAGUGCAUGGAGUAGUAUUUCAGUGCUGGAGUAUUAUUUUUCUGACAGUAUGUGUGCUCUGAAUAUUCUUUAGGUCGCAGUAAACCCUUUUGUA